AUGACCGAAAGAGAAACUUGUCUUCGUUUGCAUUUUCCAUUGUGGCAAGGUGGAAAUAAUCCUGCCUAUUACUUUGGUGCUUCUUUAUUGGCAUGGCUAGCCCCCCAGAAUACCACUGAUGUGAUUGAAACAGUGAAUGUUACUGAACCUUUGGACGAAACUAAUUGCUCAUCUUUGGAAAAGGUUGAAGGUAUAGUUGGUAAACAUGAGAUUCAACAACAACUCAGUAAGGCCAGAUAUAUUAUUGAACAACAUUCUCCAGAAAAGAUUGUCACUCUUGGAGGUGAUUGUUUAGUUGAUUUGGUUGAAUUUGCACAUUUAUGUGAGAAAUAUGGAGAUGAAUUAGGAAUUCUUUGGAUAGAUACCCAUCCAGAUGUAAUGACAUCAAAGGAGUUUCAACACGCCCAUGCCAUGGUAUUAUCUGCAUUGAUGGGAAAGAAUGACGAAUGGUUAGUUGACUAUGUCAAGAAACCAAUUGCAUCCAAUCGAGUUAUGAUUGCUGGUUUAAAUAAUGAAACUGAGUAUGAAAAGCAAUUCAUUAAGGAUAAUUCUUUGAGAGUUUAUAGACCAGAGGAUAUCAAAACGAAAUUGGGAUUAAUCAAAAAGUGGAUAGCUGAGGAAAAGAUCAAAUAUUUGGCAAUUCAUAUAGAUUUGGAUGUAUUAAGCACAAUGCACUUUAAAUCACUUUUAUUCUCAAAUCCAAAUGUCCCUCUUAACCACUAUGAUGGUAUUGCUCAAGGUCUUCUUUCAUUAGAAGAUGUUUCAGGUUUAAUUGAAGAAGCCUCCGAAAAUUCUAAAGUUGUAGGAUUGGGCAUUACAGAAUUUUUACCUUGGGAUUGUCUGAAUUUGAGAAACAUGUUGGCAAAGUUUCCUCUGUUCAACAAUAAUAAAUAA